UGUGAAUAUUUAAUAAUUAUCAUACUAUAUUUGUUAUUUAUUACUUAUGGUUAAUAGUCUUUUUAUCCAACUUCAAAUUUGUUAAUAAACGAUUGUUUGUAAACGAUUUUUAAAUUUGUGAUUUUGUGAAAAAUAAUGGAAAAACUGAUUAAAUUAAAAACUCUUAAUUGUCAUAUAACGUGUAAAAUAUGUAGAGGAUAUUUAGUGGAUGCAACAACAGUAACAGAAUGCUUACAUACAUUUUGCAAAAGCUGUCUUGUGAAACAUUUAGAAGAAAACAACAGUUGUCCUACUUGUCAAAUUGUUAUACACCAAUCACAUCCAUUGCAGUAUAUAAGUUUUGAUCGUACAAUGCAGGAUAUUGUAUUUAAAUUAGUGCCUGGGCUUCAGUUAGAUGAAAUUAAGCGUGAAAGAGAAUUCUAUAGAAUCAGAGGUCUACCAUACCCUAAAGAAGUCCCGGCUGGUACUGAAAUUGAUGAUGAUAAGACAGCACAAGAUCAAGCUGCAGCAGAUUCUGAUUACCAUAGAACAGAUGAACAAGUAAAUAUCGGAUUGGAAUGUGUUGCAUCUCACUUGAAAUCGUUAAAGAAAAAGUUCCUAAGAGUGUCAUCUCAGGCCACUAUUACACAUCUUAAGAAAUUCAUUGCUGUGAAAGUACUUGAUGGAUCAGAUAAAUACAGAGACAUUGAUAUAUUGUGUAAUGAUGAAUUAUUGGGAAAAGAUCAUACUCUUAAAUUUGUAUAUGUAACAAGAUGGCGAUUCAGAGAACCUCCUUUAAAACUUCAGUAUAGGCCAAAAUUAGAUUUGUAAUUUAUUUUUUUGAUCUGUUAUAUUCAGUAUUGUAUCUUUUAUUUAUCGUAUGUACAACUUUUUUUUAAACUUAUGUCUGUUCAUUUUAAUUAAAAAUUAUAAUGUAUUAAAA